GUGUGUCGUACUUGUAAAAGGGAAAAAAGUAUUUAUAUUUUAGUUCAUAUUUUUAUACCGUCUAAAAAAAUAAAUUUGGUAAGUAAAAUUUCUACAUCUGAUUUUCUUUUAUUGUAUGCAGCUUUAAGAGAUUAAUAUGAAAUGUGAUUAGUAGUUUUAAAAUUAUAGACAAAAUAUUUAAAAUGUGAAUCACUCUUAGAUCCCAACAUAUCACCUACAAAAAAAUUGAAAUUGGUUAGUAUGUAAUAUCUACCAUUUGAAUUGUACUACCAAAAUUGAAUUUAUCGUAACAUGAAGCUAGUCAUGCUAAAAAUCUAAUUAUAAGAGAGAAAACACUAAAAGUAGGAAAUUUUAUUUCGCAAUUAUCAGAAUUUUUAACGAGUAAAAAUUCAAAUUAGAUAAUCUCAAAUAUAAAACAUUAGAAUUUUAGUUUAUUUAGUUUGACAAUUAUUUAUUUUUUAAAAAAGCAAAUGCAAUCAUAGACAGAUAAAUAGAAGAUCGAAUUCUAGAAAAUACGUUUAAAGUUAUUAAUUGAGAUACUCAUGCUUUCUUUUUCAUGUUUACAAAUUUUUUUGUUUUGUUUUAGAUACUUAUCUAAAACUCCAAUGUUGGAGGUGUUAUUAUAGUUGUCUCUUGCGACUCUAUUUAAUAUAAACAAAAGUGCACUAAAAGUCCGCCAAACUAUAUAAGAAAAAAAAAAUUAUUUUCUACUAGUAUCGUGGACAAUAGGAAAGAUGAUUUGGAAAAAAUAAUAAUGUAAUCAUUAGUUUUCUUGCUAUUAAUCUUUGCAAAAAAAUUUUUUUUAAUGUGAGUCAAGUUUUGUUUCAUUUGUAAAUAACUAAAUCUACCAUAUAUAGGCAAAAGAACAACAAUAUGGAUCAAUCUUUUUUUUAAUAUGAUUAUAGUAUAUAGUGUUAGCACAUUAACUAUUUGAAAUAAUCAAAUAGACAUAAGUUAAAUUGUUUUCAUUUAAUUAUAUAUAUUUACAGCAUUUAUUUUAUUAGGAAUAGAUUAUUAAAAUUUGCAUGUAACUAUUACUUUUAAAAUUUUGAAAUGAAAAAUAAUUUAAACUAUAUAAUUUUUAUAUGGAUUUUUGUAUAUUCAUUAUUACAUUAGUUAAAUUUUAGUAUGGAUUUUUGUAUUUAUAUUAUUAAACAUAAGUUUAUAUGUACAUAUGAUUUUGAUUUUACUAUAUGAUUUUAGUAUGGUUUUUUGUAUUUCAGAAGUGCUUUUAAAAAAAUACAUAAACAUACAUCUUUUAAAACACUGAAAGAAUAUCAAUUUAAGCUACUAUUUAAGAAAUUACAUAUAUAAUGCCAUGGGUUGCUAAAAAAACAUAUAUAAUGUCAUGAUGAUAUAAGUAACGGAAAGAACAUUUUAAUUGCUAUUAUACUAAAUCGAAUUCACUAAAUAAUAAGUUCUUGAUUUUAGUUCUUAUAUCCAAACCAUAUUUAUGAUAAAAUGAAAUUAAUAUAUGGUCUAUUUUCACAAUUGUAUCCUUUCCUUUCACCUCAUAAUGUUAUCCUCAUGACAAAAAAAAAAAGUCAACCAAAAUUAAUUUUCUACUAUUUUCACCAAUUAGUACACCCAAACUGUAUUGACAUAGCUAGAUUAACAAUAAUAACAGAAUUUUGGUCUUCAUCUUCUUCUUUCUUUCAGGGUGAGUUGUUAAGAAAAAUAGAAAAUAGCUAAAAAGGAAAAGAAAAAGGGAAACAGAUAACAAAUAAUCUUAUUUCUGGAAUUCAAAGCCUCUAUGGAUUCUCUCAAGAUCAAACAUAUAAAUUUCGUAAUCUGUUAAUAUGGUUUUUGCUCAUAGAAGAUGAAACUUGACACCCACGUUUGAUUUGAAAAAGAACACCAACCCUACCAAAUAUCCAUUACACCCACAUCAAUCUCCAGCUUUUCAUCAUCAUCUGGUGUUUAUUAUUGGAUUCUCAUCGUUAAUCCAUUGGUCAUCUGGUGUUUAUUAUUGGAUUCUCAUCGUUAAUCCAUUGGUCUGAAUGGCAUAUUGAAGGGUGAUUAAGAGAACCACCUUACAUACUCCUAAACAUGACUUCAUCUGGUAAAAGAAGCACAAGGCGAGGAUCAUCAUCAGCUUCCAAGAAACCGGUUCUCCAACCCCAGGAUAGUGGAAGCAGUAGCCUAAAUGAGAACCCCUCACCCAAACCCGGUUCACCUCUCCCUGAACCGGUUUCUUCAAACACCGAAAGAACCGUCAAGACGCUACGGUUAUCCAAAGCCAUCACCAUCCCCGAGGGAACAACUGUCUUUGACGCUUGUCGAAGAAUGGCUCGCAAAAAAGUUGAUGCAGUUCUUCUAACAGACUCAAGCGCUCUUCUUUCAGGCAUUGUCACCGACAAGGACAUAGCAACAAGAGUGAUCGCAGAAGGGUUGAGACCAGAACACACUCUUGUCUCCAAAGUCAUGACAAGAAACCCUAUCUUCGUCACUUCAGAAUCUCUCGCCAUCGAGGCUCUUGAGAAGAUGGUUCAAGGGAAGUUCAGACACUUACCGGUCGUAGAGAACGGUGAAGUCAUCGCUCUUUUAGACAUAACAAAAUGCCUCUACGACGCUAUCUCUCGUAUGGAGAAAGCAGCUGAGCAAGGAAGUGUUUUAGCUGCUGCUGCUGUGGAAGACAUUGAACGUCAAUGGGGAAGUGACAACACCUCAGCUCCAUAUCCUUUCGUUGAAACGUUAAGAGACCGUAUGUUCAAGCCUGCCUUGUCCACAAUCAUUACAGAACACUCAAAAGUUGCACUCGCGUCUCCCUCAGAUCCCGUCUUCGUAGCGUCCAAAAAGAUGCGUGAUCUACGUGUUAACUCAGUGAUCAUAACCGUUGGAAACAAGAUCCAAGGCAUUCUAACGUCAAAGGACAUAUUGAUGAGAGUCGUGGCUAAGAAUAUCUCCCCUGAGUUAACUCUUGUGGAGAAAGUAAUGACACCAAACCCUGAAACUGCAUGCAUGGAGACAACAAUAGUCGACGCGUUGCAUGUCAUGCAUGAAGGCAAAUUUCUACACCUUCCGGUUUUAGACAAGGACGGGUACGUAGUAGCGUGUGUUGACGUAUUGCAAAUAACUCACGCGGCUAUGUCCACCGUUGAGAGUAGUCCAGGAGCUGUUAGCGACAUGGCCAACACCAUGAUGCAAAAGUUUUGGGACUCGGCUCUAAGUUUAGACCCGCACCCACCUGAGGAUUACGAAACGCACAGCGAUUUGUCGUCUACGAUGUUGUUGAACUCGGAGGGAGGAGGAGGAGUAGACUCCGGGAAGCUGCAAUCUUGUGGGAGUGUGAGUUUGUUUGCUUUUAAGUUCGAAGAUCGUAAAGGGAGAGUGCAUAGGUUUGAGUCGACGGGGGAGAGUUUUGAGGAGGUGAUGAGUGGUGUGGUGCAAAGAUGUGAUGAUGGCGAUCUAGGGGUUCAGAUAAUGUACGAGGAUGAUGAAGGUGACAAGGUUUUGAUUAGUAGGGACAGUGAUGUUGUUGCUGCGGUUGCUUUUGCUAGGUCUUUGGGACAAAAGGUUUUGAGAUUGCAUGUGGAUUUUGCGGAGAUGGUGAGUGUUGAGAGAAGUGGAGAUUUGUCUGAGGGGAGUUGUGGUGAUGGCUGCGGUUGGGUUUGGUGGCAGGCUGGAGUUGUGGCUGGGGCUGUUGUCUUGACGAGCUUAGGUUUUCUUGUUUACCUGAAGCGUUCCAAGAAAUGAUAUGUAUUUUAAAUGAUUUAAAUCGAAAAUGUGGUUUUUGUCUUUUUCGAUUAACAUUUGUAAAACUAGUUCCUGUAAUGAUAUUAUUAUUGUUGCGAAAAAACGAUGAUGUCUACUAAUCUAUUUUUUUCAACUUCUUCAGUGUGAAAAAUGAAAAAUGCAGGCUGUGGAAUUCGAACCCACGCGCACUUAUGUGCAGAAGAACUUAAGUCUUCCCCCUUAACCACUCGGGCAAACCUGCUUAUUGAAAAACAAGGUGUAUAUUCAUACAUCACUUGCUAGUUGUUUACAACGUUUAUAACCGAGAAGAACGAUUCUGGUUGAUCCAAUUAAUUUGGUAUGAGUGCCUAUUACGCUCUAGUGAUCAUACGAGUGUGGAAAACUUAUGGAAACGUUCAACAAACGCAAACAGACUUUUUUCAUAUAGUGUGCGGUUAUAAGUUUCAAAGAAACACAUUUUUACCAGACAUUAAGCAGUCACAGCGUAGAACACUUUUGCUGAUAAAAUCAGCCUCUACGCCAUCCACACAUGAAAUUAAAAGAAGCCGAAAUUAGAUUAUAAAAGAAGAGCUGCUGUCCUCUUUAAAGGCAGAGCUAUCUCAGGUUUUUUUCUUACAAAAAUAAGCAACUUAAUCCCAACAAGAGUGGUUUGGAAAAUAAACCAACAAAGGGAGAAAAAAAAA